UCUCGAGCUGAUCCUCCAGUUGACUUCCUCAGUGGGACGGAGACCAUGGCGGCGGCUGCUGCCUGCGGCCAGCACAGUGCUGCGAUAACGGCCGCUGUUACCGGCAAAAAGACGCAUAGUAACCGGGAACACACUCGGAGGAACCGGGAGAACUCUCGGCGGAGACAAGCCGCUCUUUUAUUCCUUAGUAACAUCUCCCUGGACGGACGGCCGGUCCAGAGUAAUGCAGCCGAACAUGUAGGAAGCCGCCACCAUAAAGAGACCGACUUGGAGGGAGCCGACUCCGGCUCUGCGGCGGCGGUGGCGGCCGGGUUAUGCCCGGAGCUGGGCAACAACAGCGGCUACGGGACAUUCGCCGGUUUGGCAGCCAACGUUAAUUCUUCCUCGGCACCAAGGACAGGACUCCUCAACAUACCGCCUAUCCUCGUCCUGCCGUCGGACACGGGCUUUGACGAAGUGGGGAGCGCGGAGGUGCUGCUGGAGUGCCGCAGAGGCUCGUUCCCUUCGCCGGGGAACAGUAACCUGCUCUCACCGUCCACGUCUAACGCCAGCCUGCUACCGUCGCCACUGGGACCGCGGAAGUCCUCCACACUGCUGUCGGUUCAGAGCUGUAACUCCGUGUCCUCAGAGCCGCGACAAAGGACUCGAAACCUCUCGGGAGGCUCUCCCAGACCUCGACACACCAAAAAGAUCCACUUCAUCAAAAACAUGAAACAGUACGACACGAGAGGCAGCAGGAUCGUGCUGAUCUGUGCAAAGAGAUCUCUGUGUGCUGCCUUCUCUGUUCUGCCCUACGGAGAAAGCUUCUACCUCAGUGACCCUAUGUUAAACCACCCCAGGAGGAGGCACUCGUCUGGAAACAUCUCCACCACCCUGGAGAUGCUGCCGGGGCUGGAGGGCUUUCAACUGGACACCUACGGCAGGUCGGUGUCGUACGCCCAGUUCCUGUACCCCACUAACGCUCUGGUGAGGCACAAGCCAUCGUCGACCAGCGACCUGACGCUGCAGAUUCCCGUGUCCAGGAGCACACACAGCAUGCCGGGCAGGAGCUGCCCACCCAGCAGACUGAACAGCACUGUGGGACUGGACCUGGGUCUGGAGGAUGUGACAGACUAUGACCCCAACCUCCUCAGUGACCCCCAGUGGCCUUGUGGGAAACACAAGCGGGUGCUGAUCUUUGCCUCCUACAUGACGACAGUAAUAGAAUACGUCAAACCGUCUGAUCUGAAGAAAGACAUGAACGAGACGUUUAAGGAGAAGUUUCCUCACAUUAAACUCACCCUCAGCAAGAUACGCAGUCUGAAGAGAGAGAUGAGAGUGGUGGGGGAGGACUGCGGCUUGCAGCCCGUCACCAUCGCAAUGGCGUUCGUCUACUUUGAGAAGUUGGUGCUGCAAGGUCGACUCAAUAAACAAAACAGGAAGUUGGUGUCAGCUGCCUGCAUCCUACUGGCUGCUAAGAUCAGCAGUGACCUCAAGAAACAGGAGGUCAAACACCUCAUCGAUAAGCUGGAGGAGCGUUUCAGGAUCAGCAGGAGGGAGCUGAUAUCGUUUGAGUUCACCAUCCUGGUCGCCCUGGAGAUGGCACUCUACCUCCCUGAGAUUAAAGUCAUGCCACAUUACAGAAAGCUGGUGCAGCAGCAGCAGUCAUAGCAGCGCACACACCGACCCCUCCCCGCAGGGACUCCCAGCACCUUCCAGCUCCACACUGUGACGGGCGGCGCCUCGUGAUGCCUGGCUCAGAGGUACUGAGGCACUGAGGAAUCCUCACCGCAGACACCAAAGCUCAUCCACACUGUGAUGGUAGUGCGACAGCAGGCCUGACGGCUUCUGGCUCAGCGGCAUAGAGAGCGACAUCGCCUUCUCUCCUCCCUCAAACACCAAAGUGACGACACACUGUGAUCGAUGGUUCAGCGGCAGGACUGGUGCCUGGCUCAGCAGCACCACGAGAAUCACUGAGGGUCAAAUUCACAAGACUCAGACUCACGUCUUUCUCAUGGUUUGUUGUCUUUGUUCGAUCUUCAUACACCUGACCUCCUGUCGGGUUGAAAAAGAUUUUCCUCACCAGCUCCGUAGCAGAGAUUUUAGUCAUGGAGACUCUGCUGAACUCGACUCUGUGAGGAUUGUUGGUUGAAACUUGUACGACACAUUUACAUCAUUUUGGUUCAAUCUGGGAUUUUGUCAGGCGUUUAUGAAGCUUUGUUUAACAGGUUUGAGUCUUCCUUUCUAAGAUCUGUGCAGUUAAGAAGGCGAGAAACAUGCUGGCCAAAAAAAAAAUGUCCCAAAGGUUUCGCUUUAGGUUUUACCACCGAACCUGUUCAUCUUUUAAAGUAGUGGUUCCCAACUAGUCCACACAGUUUAAUAUAUUCAGUGUCAUACUUGUGUUUGGCCAUGUC